AUGGCCCAGGCGGUUGCCCAGCAGAACGCAGCCAUCAAGGAGCAACUGGCCCGCGUAAGCUCCCUGGUCGCGCAGUACACAACGGCCUCUGCAGCGAACGCUGGCAAGAAGACCUUGACAGUCGAGGAGCAAGGCGAGCAGAGCCGAAACCACACCGCUGUUGUGCAGGAAACCCAUAAGCUGCUGCACGCCAUCAAGGGCCCCGUGGACACGGUGUACUGCCACUUUGAGAAUGCAGCUCACACUGGCGCUGUGCGAGCCCUCUUCGAGAUGGGCGUCUUCCAUGCCCUGCCGCAGGACGGCACGAGCAAGACGGCGGAGACGCUGGCCACGGAGUUGAACGCAGAAAAGGAAUUGAUCAUCCGCCUCAUGCGAAUGGCCACCAUCUGGGGCCCAUUCAAAGAAGUAGGCGAGGAAGAAUACGCCCAGACGCCAGACUCGCUCAUCUACCUCGAUCCCAAAGUUCAGAGCCUCUUCAAGCUCAUGGCAGACGAGUACCUCCCCGCACAGCUGCAGUUCAGCGAAUUCUUCAAGCUCAACGGCUGGGUCAGUCCGACCCAGGACACAAACAACCCUUACACCUUCGCCAACCGCACGGGAGGCAAGACCAUGUGGCAGUUCAUCGCCCAGUUCCCGGACCGUCUGCAGACGUUCAACGAUGCCAUGCGGGCCCAGUCCAGCGCCGGUUCGUGGGCUAUCGCCCUCUACCCUUUCCAUGAGGUUCUGAGCCGGAUUGACUCCACGGACGAUACCCCCCUGGUGGUCGACAUCGGGGGUGGGAAGGGCCACGCUCUUUGUCGAAUCAAGGAACUGUGCGGCGACGCCGUCAAGGGCCGCUUCAUCCUCCAGGACAGGCAGGAAGUGGUGGACGUGAUUAGCGGAGAGGAGCUUGCAGGCAUUGAGAGGGAAGCUUACAACUUCUUUACGCCUCAGCCGGUCAAGGGCGCCGCGAUCUACUACCUCCGCCGCGUCCUCCACGACUGGCCCGACGCCGUCUGCGUGCAAAUCCUCAAAAACGUCGCCGCGGCCAUCACCGACAAGACCACGCAGCGCGUCGUCAUCGCGGAAGAUGUCCUCCCCGAGCAAGGCGCCGACGCCGAGGCCGUGUGGCUGGAUCUGGCGGUGAUGGCCCUGGCGGGCACCGAGCGGACCGAGAAGCAGUGGCGCAAACUCCUCGAUGACGCUGGGUUUCGGCUGGAGAGGACGUUUGUGGGGCCGGGGAGCAAUUAUGCUGCUGUUGAGGCGUUUUUGAAGUAG